AUGAUCAGCUUAUUGUUUAAUUUCAUAUUGAUUGAUUUAAGUCAAGCUUCUUUACCAGAUAUACAUAACAGCAUAUUAGGUGAUGAUUCCAUUCAAAACUCUUUAGAUAAUUCCUCAUCUUCAUCACAACAAAAAUGUGCAACAGGGGAGUACCUCGACACUGAAACAAAUUUGUGUGAAAAAUGUCCGAAGGGUACAUAUGAAAGUGACAAUAUCUGUGUGAAUUGCCCUUUAGGCUUUUUUCAAGAUGAAGUUGGUCAAAGACUCUGUAAACCCUGUUCUGAGGGUUAUUAUAGUGACAUAGAAAGAAGUACAACAUGUGUAGCAUGUCCUUCCGGGUCUUAUAAUCCAUAUCCAAACUCUACUUUCUGUCUUGUAUGUCCAGUCGGGGAAUAUCAAGACCAAAGUGGUUCACAUGUGUGUCUUCUGUGUGAAAUAGGGUUUUACCAAGACGGUACAAAUCAGACGUUUUGCAAAGAGUGUGGUUCAGGCGAGUAUCAAGAUGAGACGGGACAAAUUGAAUGUAAGAAGUGCCCAGCUGGUAGUUAUCAAAGCAAGAAAGGGACAUCAUAUUGUGACAUGUGUCCACUUGGGUUCUAUCAAUCUCUUGAAGGACAGAGUGAAUGUUAUGAAUGCCCUGCUGGGUCUUACCAGAACAUGACUGGGCAAAUAAGUUGUCUAAGUUGUAGUGCUGGUGAAUAUCAAGACCGAGUUGGGCAAAGUCGCUGUGAAGAAUGUCUUCCAGGGACUUUUCAAUCUUUAUCUGGGGCUCUGUCAUGUGAAUUAUGUGGAGUUGGCUAUUCCCAAUCGCAACGUGGGCAAACUGAAUGUAAAGAAUGCCAGCCGGGGACUUUUCAGAAUGUCACUGGGCAAGCAGAAUGCAUCCCAUGUCCUCCAGGGACGUUCAACCAAUUCUUAGCAUAUACCUUUUGCUUCCCAUGUCCCGACGGAAAGUAUAGCAUCGCACAAAGCCAAGAUUGCUUGGUAUGCACGUUUGGGACAUAUAGUAAAGGAGGGGAUCCGACAUGUACUAAAUGUCCAGUAGGUUCAUUCGCGUCCGUUGAAGAAGCUAAGUAUUGCCAACCAUGCAGUGGGGGGACUUUUCAGAAUCAAACUGGUCAAGCUUCUUGUAUGGUAUGUGGGGAAGGGAUGUACUCAGAGGACAAUGCUACAAGUUGUGUGCCAUGUGAGAAAGGGACGUAUCAAAAUGUUAAAGGUUCAAAUCAUUGCAACAAAUGUACUCGCGGAACGUAUCAAAAUGAAAUGGGAAAAAGUAAAUGCGACAAAUGUAAGGUGGGAUCUUAUUCAAAAGACGGCGCUGUUGUUUGUGAAUUGUGCAAAGCUGGGACCUACCAGAAUGAAACAGGCCAAAGCGAAUGUUAUCAAUGUGGUGAACGUUAUUACCAACCAAACAGUGGGCAAUCAGUAUGUUUCGAGUGUGAAAAGUACUCGGACCCCGAGAGAGUGACUUGCUUGGACUGUAAAACUGGGUAUAUAUUGAAUGAUGACAAAACCCAGUGUGUCUUUACACAGACAAACACAAUGAUCGUCUUUGUUGUUGCGGUAGUUGUCAGUGUCUUAUUUGUCAUACUCGUCUGCGUUUUCUUCGCUUCAGCAGCCUGGUUCAAGCACGAGAAGGUUGCCGUGAAUAUGCGGAAGAUGGGGUAUGUCACUGAUAAGGACGUCAUCAAAUUGUACAUGUCGUAA